AUGGAUCAUUGUGGGCUGGACAUUACCGUGAUCUCCGCAAGUGCGUUGAAAAAUGUCAACUUUUUCAUGAAGAUGGGUGUGUAUGUCGUGGUUUCGUUAGUCGCAGGUAAUUCAGUAACUAAACAACAGACCCAUGUAUCCAAAGGUGGCAAAAACCCUAUAUGGAGCCAUCGCAUCAAGUUUUUGGUCGAGGAAUCCGCUACCCAAAACAGCACCCUCAUAUUCAGCCUUAUGAGCAGACGUGUAUUAGGUGAUAGAAUUAUUGGUGAGGUCUCGAUCCCUGUGCGUGAACUCCUUGAAUGCGUUUCCGGAUCUGAAACCAAAGAACAUGUGGUUGAAUACCAGGUACGCUCUAUUAGAGGAAAAGCCAGAGGUACCCUAACAUUUUCCCAUAAAUUUAAGGAAAGAAUCUCCCAAACAAACAAAAUCAAUAAUAACAACGCGACUAGUAUAGAUUCGGUGAACACAAGCUGUCCUCCAUGUAACGCAUACGUCAUGCCGCAGCAAGGUGCACCGUCUUACCCACAGGUACAAUACCGGCCUCCUGCUCAAGGAUACAACUCCUACCAAGGACAUCAUCAUUAUGGUGGUAGCUUGAAGGGUAAGUUUGGUUUUGGAUUGGCAAGCGUAUUGAUUGGAGGACUACUGGUUGAAAAUAUGGUGUCGGAUGCAGUGGAGUAG